AUGGCCAGCGGAAGUAUGCAUGAGGAGAAAACAAAAAAUAUUCAGGCUGUCAAAGCCAAAGGCAUAAUAGGUGCAAUUGUUGAUCACAGUAUCCGCAUAGGUAAAGAAGAGAUAGUAGCAAUGGACAUGGCUGUUGAAGAUGUCUACAACCAGACAAAACAAAAGGUGACUCUUCUAGUAAAGAACUCUCGAGGGAAAGCUGUCCAGGCGACUCUUUCUGCUAGGGAUCUUAUCAAGAAGAAGGCCCAAGUCAUUUUGGGAUCAAGAUCAUGGGAGGAAACAUCCUCAGUUGCUGAGCUUGGGAAUCAAUAUGGCAUCCCUACUCUUUCUUUUGCUGAUCCAUGCCCUUCAUGGGCCACCGAACGUUGGCCAUUCUUUAUUCAAGCUUCUCCCAGCAAAAAUUUGCAAAUGAAAGCGGUGGCUGCUAUGGUCCAGUCCUGGGGAUGGCGCCGGGUUAAUGUCAUAUAUGAGGAUACAGAUUCUGCUGUAAAUGGAAUAACACCUCAUCUGUAUGACGCCUUGCAGGAAGUUGGAGCUCAAAUUAGUCCUCUUACAGCCCUUCCAUCUUUUCCGAAUGCUUCAAUGUUGUGCGGGGAGCUUGCGAAGCUUAAGGCAGAACAAUGUAGAGUCUUUGUAGUUCAUGCUUCUUUGGCCUUAGCAGAACGCAUAUUUCAAAUGGCCAAGGGGAUGAAGAUGAUGGAACAAGGUUAUGUGUGGAUCACCACAGACAGUGUAACAAGCCUUGUCCAUUCGAUGGACUUCUCCAUGAUGUCAUCGAUGCAAGGUGUACUUGGAGUAGAGAGAUAUUAUCAUGAUAAAGGGCGGAAGUAUCAGGAUUUCUAUGGAAGAUUUCAAUAUGAAUUUGGCUUGAAGUACCCCGAAGAAAAGAACCACGAGCCUGGAAUUUCUGCACUAGAAGCCUACGAUGCCAUCUGGUCCUUGGCUUUAGCAAUGAAAGAAGAUUUCAGUGGAUUAAGUGGUAAAAUUCAGUUUUCUGAGCAAAGAUUAGCUCCAUCUGUGAAUACAUUUCGAAUAAUCAACGUUGUUGGAAGGAGUUAUUUAGAGCUUGGAAUCUGGUCAGAUGGAAUAGGAUUUUCCGUGGAAGUUGGUGAGAAUGCCAAAAACAAUGUCUCGAUGGAAAUUUUCGGAAAGUUGUUUUGGCCUGGAGGAUCUCUGAAUGCUCCAAGAGGAUGGGACAUCGCAACUGUCGCCAAUGCAUUGAGAAUUGGCGUGCCUAAUGCAUCCCUGAUCAAGCGCUUCGUUGAUGUGGAAUAUGAUCUAUUGACAAAGAGUUAUGCUGUGUCUGGAUUUUCUAUUGAUUUUCCAUUUGACGGCACCUACGAUGCUCUAGUGGAGCAAGUUCGAUUAAAGAACUUUGAUGCAGCAGUUGGCGACGACAUACCAAUAAUAUCCAAGCGAUGUGUAGAUGCAGAUUUCACGCAUCCUCACACUGAAUCAGGGCUUGUGUUGAUAGUCGCCAUUCAAUCACAAUCUAACAGGAGUUGGCUGUUCCUGAAGCCGUUCACAAAAGCAAUGUGGUUCCUUAUAGCAUCCAUAAAUGUUUACAAUGGUUUUGUCAUAUGGAUGAUUGAGCGAAAUUACUGCUCAGAAUUGAAAGGAUCACCUUUGAAUCAGAUUGGAACUCUACUCUGGUUGGCCUUUGCUACAUUAUUUUCACCACAAGGUGAAAAAUUGCAUAGCAACCUGUCAAGGGCAGCAACAUUGGUGCGGUUGUUUGUCGCACUAAUCAUAUCACAGAGCUAUACAGCAAGUCUUACAAGCAUGCACACUGUGCCCAGGCUUGAACCAAAGGUUGCAAACAUUGGCACACUGAGAAAUAGCAAUGCAGUGAUUGGGUACUCGAGAAAAACUUUUGUUAAAGAUUACUUGUUGAAUGUCUUACACUUCAAUCCAAACAACAUCAAGAAUUUUUCAUCAUUCGAAGAAUGUGCCGAUUGUCUCAAGAAUGGUAGAAUUGCUGGAGCAUUUCUUGAGGUUCCUACUUCUAAAGUUUUCCUUGCCAAAUACUGCAAGAGCUUUAUGACAACAGGCCCAACAUACAAAUUUGGAGGUUAUGGAUAUGCAUUCCCAAAAGGAUCUCCACUAGUUGCAGAUAUGGAUGAGGCGCUUCUAAAGGUGUUUGAAACCGGUACACUGAAAGAUUUGGAGGACAAAUUAACAGCGUCUGAGACAUGUGUUGAGGACUUUGAAUCAGACAGUGAAAUUCUUAGCCUAAGCCCCGGCAGCUUCUGUGUACUAUUUCUGUUUACUGCAGGCACAUCAACAGCAGCCCUGGCAAUCUAUUUUUUUCAUUCCAAAUACAAAAUGGAAGAAUCCACGCCUGCACAUAAGCGACUUUGGAUGCUAAUUCUGAUGUAUUGCACACGAUCAGUUACUUCUUCUGGAAGCCGAAGCAGUGAAUUUUACACGAUAUGUAAUUUUUGUCUUAGAUUGUCUCUUAACGUCGCAGCGCCUCCUAUUCUUCGUGUUGCUUGCUUAAUUCGAUGA